UUAAUCGAAAUUUCAACACCUAUAGAUAUGAAAUAAGGCAGUGUAAGGUCCGGUAUGGCUGCUUGAUGAUCCCAAAGUCUAUGGUGAAAAAACCAAAGAAGAAAUGGAGAAAAAGAGGGAAAAAAAAAAUCUUAGAAACUCCCAUUCCGAAUGAAUUUCACUUAAUCUUUAUCCCAAAUCAUGAAACCUGUCGGAUUAGCGUUCAUUUACACAGCGUUGACGCUCGCACUUGUCGUUGCUUUUACCGUCUUAAUAUGCAUCAGAGCUAUCAAAAAGAAGACGAAAUCCAGCGACGGAAAAGUGACGACGAUCACGACGACGCCGAUUUCGUUGCUGGAAGUUAAGGUCACGCUUCCGAUAAAAGUAAUAUUUGGUGGCAUUAAGGUUGCCGAGAAGUUUGAUCCACCGGAAAUAGCUCAAAUCCCUAAAACUAGGCUCGGCGAAGGUACUUUAGGGACGUUGUUUAAGGUUGUUCUCCAAUGCGGUUCGAUCAUAACGAUUCGGAAGAUUCGAGAAGGGCUGAUCAUGAAUGCCAGUGGUCUGGAGUUGUGGAUCAAUUUCUUCGGCGGUAUGAAGGACGAUUGGUUAUUGCCGAUACUUUUUAGCUUUUGGUACGGCGGCGAAGCUUUUAUUUUGUACGAGUAUUUGAUCUUGGGAAGCUUGGAGGAGCUUUUACAUGGCAGUGAAGGAGUUCAGUUCACUCCACUAAACUGGGAAAUAAGGAAAAAAAUAGCAUUAUAUGCAGCCCAAGCAGUGGCAUUAAUCCAUAGCCGAGUAACCAAAAAUGGCGAACCACUCAUUUGCGGUGUGAUCAAAGCUUCUAACAUCCUAAUCCGAGUAGAUUUCUCCGCGUGCCUCUCUAGCUACGAAACACCGUACUUAGUCCCUCCUGAAAUGAUCAUCAAACGAAACCCAGGUCGAGUUGCGCCGGAGCUAAAGUACCAUUAUCAGAAAACAUUCACACAAAAAUCCGACGUUUACAGCUUCGGGAUUUUGUUGUUAGAGCUAAUCACAGGGCAAAGGCCUUCGACGACGAACUUGAGCGCUUACUUGCGUGAGAAGAAAAUAAAGGGAACAUUAGACAAUUUAUGUGAUACGAAGAUGGGCAGUGAAGUGAAUGAAAGCAUGGUGGAGAUGAUUGAAAUUGCUUGGAGUUGCUUGUCUUGUAAGCCAAGAGAUAGGCCAUCCAUGGAUGAUGUAGUUCACAUGAUCCAAGUAUCGUAAGUUAGUCAGUACCAUAUUGGUAGCUGGACGCAUCGUUUUUAUUUAGAACUGGUACGUAUUAAUCUUGAUUUCUUUUUAUGUAUCGUUUUAAAUUUAUUGAUAUUUUGUAACACCCCUUACUUAAGUAAACAUUUAACACUGAACAUGUAUUUACGAUUUCAAAUACUUUUGAAUUGGACUUCUAAAAAUGAAUUUAAAGCCUUAUUACACCUUUAAGAACAUAAUUAGAUUAUUAAUAAAGAUUAAUCAUAUAUAAAAUUUGUUUUGAGUCUCAUUUAAUUCAAAUAAAACUUUUCAGUUGUUAACCUAUAUGUCUCGAGACCAAGGCCAAUAUGUCUCGAGACAUAGCCAUGACACCAUAGAAGCGUAGCUUCAAAAUGGCUUGUCUCGAGACACACGAGUAUAGGUUCUUGAGACAAAGGGGCUUAUGUCUUGAGACAUGACUCAGUUAUGAUAGAUUUUUAGCUUUGAAGUUUUUAUGUCUCAAGACAUAGUUCGCAUGUCUCGAGACUUAGGACAAGGCAACUUCGAAGUUAAACUUCUACAGUGUCAUGACUAUGUCUUCAGACCAAUAAGCCUCUGUCUCAAGACAUACUGAGCCAUAGUUGAAAAUUUUUAUUUAAAUUAAAUAAGUCCCGAAACAAAUUUUAUAUGAUAUUAAACUUUAAUAAUAGUCUAAUUAUGUUUCAAAUGUGUGAUAACGCCUUAAAAUCAUAGUUAAAAGUCCAAUUUUAAAAAUAUUUGAAAUCAUCAAUAAUUGUUCACUGUUAAAUGUAACAUUCGUUGCUCGAGUUUACUUGAGUAAAAGGUGUUACAUAUUUUUUGAAAAAUUAUUUAGUGUAUUAAACAAACUGGGUUAAAAUGAAGUUUAAGUUUUUAAGGAUUUUGUUUUUUUUUUCCUUUAUUUGUUGUAUAAGUUUCUCAUUUUUUUUUGUUAUUUAAAGUUUAAAUUUGUUAGAGUUUGUUUAA